CCAAAAUGUGAACUUAAUUUUAAAGCAACGGCCCAAAAUCCAAUUAACUAUAAGUAUGGUCCACGAGCUGUUGCCAUGGGAGACUUCAACAACGAUACCUUGCUAGAUAUUGUUGUUGCCAAUUAUGCUGCUGACAAUAUAGCUAUAUAUUUUGGACAUGGCAAUGGCACUGUGGCAAGCCCAGUCAUGUUUUCAACUGGUUAUGGCUCUGCUCCGUACACGAUUGCUGUUGAUGAUUUCGACAACGAUCAUCGACCUGAUGUCGUCGUCGCCAAUUUCGGUACAAAUACCAUCGGUGUACUCCUCAGAUUCCAAAAUGGGUCUUUUGCAAACAAAACAGUUCUAUCAACUGAAUCAUCUCGUCCUGUUUGGAUCCAUGUAGCAGAUCUUAACAAUGAUACAGCACUAGAUAUUGUCACUGCUAAUUACGGCACACACAGUGUUAGCAUAUUUUAUGGAUAUGGAAAUGCAAGCUUUUCAAACUCAAGCACGUACUCUACAGGCUACGAUUCUUUUCCGUUAGCGGUUGUUAGUGGCGAUUUCAACAAUGACAAAAGGAUGGAUCUUGCUAUCGCCAAUUAUGGUACCAAUAAUGUUGGUAUCAUGCUUGGGGCUAGUAACGGCACUUUCGCAAGGACAAGCACGUUCUCAACUGGUCUUAAUUCCCAUCCUUACUCGAUUGUCGUUGGUUACUUAAAUGAAGACGCCAUGCUAGAUAUUGCCGUUACCAAUCAUGGAAAUAACAGUGUGGGUAUACUUCUUGGGAAUGACAAGGGAACUUUUAUAAGACAAACGACAUAUUCGCUCGGCGCUGCUUCUCCAUAUUGUAUUGACAUUGGUGACUUCAACAACGACAAUCAAAUGGAUUUAGUCAUCACCAAUAAUGGCACUGACAAUAUAGCUCUACUUGUCGGGCAUGGCAACGGUACUUUUGCAAGCCCAAAACUGUAUCCAACUGGAUCUUCUUCAUCAAUCUCCAUUGCUAUAGGUGAUUUAAACAGCGACAAUCGUUCAGACAUUGCCUUCAUCAACAAUGAUACGAGCACCAUAGGCAUCAUGCUUGGCUAUGAUGAAUUUUUUCCUAUUCAAAUGACAUAUGCAACUGACCGUGCACCGUGCUCAGUAGCUGUUGGUGAUUUUAACCAUGACACCCGAUUAGAUAUUGUAGUUGCUAAUAGGGAUAGCAACACUGUCGAUAUUCUGCUCGGAUAUCGCAAUGGCUCUUUUGCAAAUCAAACGACAUAUUCAACUGGCUCUUUGCCAUUCUCUGGAGCUGUUGGUGAUUUUAACAACGACACUCUAUUGGAUAUUGUCGUUGCUAAUAAUCGUGACCAGACUGUAAGUAUCCUUCUCGGAUAUGGUGAUGGCUCCUUUGCAAAUCAAACGACAUUUUCAACUGGCUCUCAGUCAGCCUCUGUAGCUGUUGGUAAUUUUAACAGCGACACCCAUCUGGAUAUCGUCGUCGCUAAUGCUGGUGACAAUACUGUCAGUGUACUUCUCGGAUAUGGUGAUGGCUCUUUUGCAAAUCAAACAACAUUUUCAACUGGCUCUCUGCCAAUCUCUGUAGCUGUUGGUGAUUUUAACAACGACACCCAACUGGAUAUCGUCGUUGCUAAUUUUGGUGGCAACACUGUAAGUGUACUUCUAAGAUAUAGCAAUGGCUCUUUUGCAAAUCAAACGACAUAUUCAACUGGCUCUGCCCCACGAGCUGUAGUUGUUGGCGAUUUUAAUAAUGACAGCCAACUAGAUAUCGCCGUUGCUAAUCGGGAUGACAACACUGUAAGUGUCCUUCUUGGAUAUGGAAAUGGCUCUUUUGCAGAUCAAACGACAUAUUCAACUGGCUCUAGACCAUUGUCUGUAGCUGUUGGUGAUUUUAACAACGACACCCAACUGGAUAUCGUCGUUGCUAAUUUUGGUGGCAACACUGUAAGUGUACUUCUAGGAUAUAGCAAUGGCUCUUUUGCAAAUCAAAUGACAUAUUCAACUGACUCUGGCCCAAUUGCUGUAGCUGUUGAUGAUUUUAACAACGACACGCGACCGGAUAUUGUCAUCGCUAAUUUUAAUGACAAAACUGUAGGUGUACUACUUCGGUAUGACAGAGGAGCUCUGGAAGAUAAAAUCACAUUUGCCCCUACCUAUGGUUCUCGUUUGCGAAACUUUGCCCUUUUUGAUUUCAAUAACGAUAGUCUAUUGGAUAUCGCUGUUGUCAAUUAUGGUACUAAUAACAUAGGUGUCCUUCUUGGAUAUGGGAAUGGCACGUUUGGAAAUCAAAUGGUGCUCUCAACAGGCUUAAAUUCUCAUCCUCACUCCAUCACUAUCCAUGAUUUCAAUAGAGACGGUCAAGCAGAUAUAGCCGUGACCAAUUAUGGUACUAAAAAUCUUGUUACGUUUCUGGGAAGUGGAAAUGGAACAUUUGAAAAUCAAGGACGUUACGGUAUAAAUUUUGAUUUUGCUCCACUGAUGAUUGAUGCUGGUAGUUUCAACAAAGAUGGGCGUUCAGAAAUUUUCGUUGCAUAUGAUGCCAUCGAUUAUGUGGAUGUGCUUGUUACAUACGACAUCGGAUCUUUCGCUGAUGACGUUAAACAUUCAACUGGAGAUGGGCCCAGAUCUGUAGCUCUUGGCGAUUUUAAUAACGACACCCAUCUGGAUAUCGUCGUCGCUAAUCAAGGACUCGACACUGUAAGUAUCCUUCUCGGAUAUGGAAAUAGUUCUUUCACUAAUCAAACGACAUAUUCAACUGGCUCUCAGCCAUGGUCUGUAGCUGUUGGUGACUUCAACAACGACACUCUGUUGGAUAUCGUCGUCACUAAUUAUGGUAACAACACUGUAAGUAUCCUUCUUGGAUAUGGCGAUGGCUCGUUUGCAAAUCAAACGACAUAUUCAACUGGCUCUGCCCCAAGGUCUGUAGCUGUUGGUGAUUUUAACAACGACACCCAACUGGAUAUCGUCGUCACUAAUCGAGCAGACAACACUGUAAGCAUCCUUCUUGGAUACGGCAAUGGCUCUUUUGCAAAUCAGACGACAUAUUCAACUGGCUCUGCCUCAUGGCCUACAGCUGUUGCUGAUUUUAACAACGAUACCAGACUGGAUAUCGUCGUCGCUAAUUGGGGUGACAACACUGUAAGCAUCCUUCUUGGAUAUGGCAAUGGCUCUUUUGCAAAUCAAAUGACAUAUUCAACUGGUGCUGCACCAGGGUCUGUAGCUGUAAGUGAUUUUAACAACGACACUCUAUUGGAUAUUGCCGUUGCUAAUUAUGGUGACAACACUGUAAGUAUCCUUCUCGGAUAUGGUGAUGGCUCUUUCACGAAUCAAACGAUAUAUUCAGCUGGCUUUGGACCAAGCUCUGUAGCUGUUGGUGAUUUUAACAACGACAGCCUAUUGGAUAUCGUCGUCACUAAUUGGAAUGACAACACUAUAAGUGUCCUUCUUGGAUAUGGCAAUGGUGUUUUUACAAAUCAAAUGACCUAUUCAACUGGCUAUAGUCCUUCAUUUGUAGCCGUCGGCGAUUUUAAUCGUGACAACCGACUGGAUAUCGUCGUCUCUAAUAUUAAUGGGAAAAGUGCCAGUAUAUAUCUGGGACAUCCUAAUGAAGGUUUUCUUAAGCAAAUGAGACUCAUAACUGGCAAUGGAUCUCACCCUAAGUCAUUCGCCAUUGGGGAUUUUAACAAUGACAGUCAAACAGAUAUUGCAAUUGUGAAUUCAGGCACUAACAAAAUCGGUAUUUUUCUGAGAUAUGAUAAUGGUUCUUUCCCAAAUCAAAUGACAUAUUCAACUGGUUCUUCUCCAUGGUCGGUAGCUGUUGGUGAUUUCAACAACGAUACCAUACUUGAUAUUGUCGUCGCGAAUCUUGGCAGUGACAAUGUUGGUAUAUUUCUUGGAUGGGGUAAUGGUUCGUUUUCAAACCAGAAAACGUUUACGACUGGUUUAAACUCUCAACCAAACGCAGUUGCUGUUGGAGAUCUCAACAACGACACCUGGGUAGACAUUAUUGUUGCUAAUUAUGGCACAAACAACAUAGGUGUGUUGCUUGGUUAUGGGAAUGGCUCCUUCACAAGUGUCAAGUUUUUUUCAAUCAGUUAUGGAUCUCUUCCAUUCUCCGUUUCCGUUGAUGAUUUAGACAAUGAUGGAAAAUUGGAUUUCGUCGUCGCCAACGAAGGUGCUGACAAUUUAAACAUUUUUUUACAGACCUGUUAA